CACCACCACUGCUGCUGGCAGCAACACGACUGCCAAACGCAAGGCAGACGAUGAAUUUCAGCAGGUGGCGCCAAAGAAACAGAAAAAUCCCCCAUUGACACGGAAGCCUGCCGGUGUGUUACUAGGAUGGCAUGUCAAGCCAAAAGUGCAACACGAGUCCAGCACCAACGAUGGAAAUAACGAAGAAAUGUUCCAACCUGGUGGAUAUGCUGACGAUAACGAGACAGAUGAACUGGAGAAGAUGAACGUCGACACCGUGGAAGAGAAAAAGCUAGGCAAGCAGGCCCGUGGCGGCGACAAGCGAUGGAAAGCCAGUCACCUCCCUGAAGGCGCUCAGAUCAAGUUUGCCGAUGUCUUUACUAGACGCCUGCGAGAGUUUACAGGGACAUUGGAACCAUGGGCAAAUCCAACAAUUGCAGAGAUCCAGGGCUUGGUAGACGAGGUUUAUGGUACAAAGAAGUUUGAAGUGAAGCAAAAUGAUGUUUGGAUGGGCUUGUCGGGUUACCAUAUCAGCGACUGGCGCCAUGAUUUUACUAAAGCCAGCCUCGAGUCCUUUCGACGCUUCACCACUGAUAAUCCUGACUACUUCGUCAAUGAAGAGGACAUCGCCUAUUAUACCCAGUGGGCAACAACUCAUUUGGAUGAUACUGCUCCUUUCCACUGGAAGUCUUGGGGUAGCGGUGUGAAAAAAUCAGGGCGCUUCCGGAACAUACUCAUCCUUCGCACUCUUGCCGAAGCGCACUAUGUUUCCUUGGAUGCGAUUGGAGACAUUGAGGCAGUACCAAAACCAGCCGGCGCUCUGUUGUUGGCUAUACAAGCUGUCGAGCGUACCCUGGGGAUGUACCAAACCGGAUCCCUUGUUAUCGACACAUCAAGCUCAGGGCACUUCUCCGUUGAGAAUUGGGGUGACAAAUGGGAGCGGUCCAUGUCCGGCAAACCACGUCGAAUCCGACGAGCAACGCGCUUCCUUCAGAUGGUUAAGGACUUCGACAAUACGACCUGGAAGAAGAUCCUCGAUCCCGUGAAGAAGCUGGUAGAUGAUUCUGCUUCAAAACGGAAGCGUCGCACUGAGAUGACCACUGCGACGACAUCCUCAGUUGGCGAGAGCAUCGAUUUCGAGGAUGAUGGUCAGGCCGUGCUGGAAUCAGAUGUGGAGGAGGAUGCAGACUCGCAGGAUGGUGGGCUUUGUCACGAUGCCAAUCAAACUGACACGUCAUCCACCGUUUACCGUGACAGUACUCCAAUUGGUAUCGACAGUGGUACCACAACAGAGUGCAAUACGGACGAGGGUGAAUGUGACAAUGCCAAUGAUUCCGCCAUGGAUGUGGAGCAUGACAGCGUAGUAGCUACUAGGUCCUCCUCACCAGAGCUCAGGCAUUCUUCCCCCGUGUAAUCAAGCCUUCUCGUACUCGUGUUACUUGUUUAAAUGUUCCUGCUUGCCAUAUGCCCAUUAUGCACAUGUAGUAUGAUUAUGCC